AUGCUCUGGCAUGUGGUUAGGCGAUGGAGUACCGAGACACACAUCUUCAUUUGUUCAUGGUGGGAGUUUGCUCCCACACUUGAGGACGUAGCCAACAUUUUCCAUCCCCCACUUUGUGGCAGCCAAGAUCCUUUCCACAUCGUGCUUACUCCGGAUGAUGAACUAAAGCUUGAGGCCUUACGGAAGGGUCCCCAUCUUCUCCUAGCACUUCCCUGCGAUUUAGCAAUUGGAUUCGCGGGUGUUUCCUUUGGCCUUAAUGAUAGCAUGUGGCAGCGUGCUUCCUCUAGCCCCCAUGUUCUUAGGGCACCUAUAUACUGUUUGCUUGACCAAGUUCAGCUUCUUGAGAAAAGGAAACCAAAUUCCAACACUCGUGUGGAGGAGCCGAAUGCCUCAGGCAUGCCUCCUGAAUUUGUUAGUGACCAUGAGCGGCAUGUUGACAUUGAACCGGUUGUGCCCACCUUCGAGGACACGGUGGGUUGCUCACCGGAGGCUGGCCUUGGCCCUCCUUUUACAGUUAUUGACACUGCGCAUAUUGUUGGCAAGGUUGAGAGAAUAUCACAAGGUGUGGAGAAUACACUUCCUACUCCUCCUCUUGAGACGUCCAGUGUAGCUGCCGACACUGCUCUAUACCUUCCAGCAGCUUAG